AUGAGACUUCUCUUCCUUAGCAGUUUAUGUGCCCUGGCAACAGCUGCUAGCGCCAGCGCCAGUGCCCAAGCAUGCAAGUGCUUUCCCGGGGAUGCGUGUUGGCCGUCUAAGCAAGAAUGGAACAGCUUCAAUCGCACAGUAGGCGGCCGUCUGAUUGAGACGGUACCUCUAGGCUCUCCAUGCCAUGCUCCCAAUUAUGAUGAGGCUUUGUGCGAGACAUUGACAGCCCAGUGGAAGCUUUCAGCGGUGCAUAUCGAUUCGUCCUCAUCCAUUCAAGACCCCAUUUAUGCCAACCAAAGCUGCGAUCCUUUCACCUCUCGUGAUUCGCCAUGCCAUCUGGGCAACUAUGUGCGGUAUGCGGUAGACGUGACCGGUCCAAAAGAUAUUGCAGCAACUAUCCGGUUUGCCGAAAAGAUGAACAUCCGGCUAGUGAUCCGAAAUACGGCACAUGACUACAUGGGACGUUCGACUGGAGCUGGAGCACUCGCCAUCUGGACUCACCAUUUGAAGGACACUGAGGUCAAAGACUGGGCUGAUUCCCAGUACACCGGCAAGGCCAUCAAGAUCGGUGCCGGAGUGCAAGGUUUCGAGGUCGGCCAGGCCCUGACCAAACAUGGAUUGGUUGCCGUCACCGGUGAAUGCCCUACAGUUGGUGUUGCUGGAGGGUAUACCCAAGGCGGUGGUCACUCCCCUCUCAGCACAGCAUAUGGUCUAUCCGCCGACAACACCCUGGAGUUCGAGGUCGUGACAGCUGACGGCAAGUUUGUCACGGCCAGUCCACACUCCCGCAAACACGCCGAUCUCUUCUUCGCCCUGAGUGGCAGUGGCGCUGGAAACUACGGCGUAGUAGUCUCGGUCACCCUCAAGGCACACCCAGAAGCCAUGACCAGCGGCGCCGGCUUUACCCUGGACGAUCCCACCUUGGAUUACCCGGCGAUUGUAAACGCCUGGCACGCAGCCUUGCCUGAUAUUCUGGACGCAGGUGUAAUGGCCACCUAUUACGCAGAGAACGGCACCCUCGUUGUCUAUGCCCUCACUGGUUACAACCGCACGCAGUCGGACAUGGAAAAGAUCCUAUCACCAUUUGUCAAGUCAGUGGCUUCUUUGAACGUCGACCUGAAGCCUAAAUACACCCAGUUUGACACCUACAACGAGUUCUACUACGCGUACUUCGGCCCUCUCCCCGUUGGCGUCUUCGGCUCAGCCGGUGAAUACCUCAUGGGAGGCCGUCUGCUACACCGGGAUGCGCUCCAGCACGUCGGUGGUGCGAUCAACGAGACGCUCCAGCUAGGCGUACGAUUCAUCGGCCAAGCGACUAAUGUCGCGCGCUUCGGCUCUCGGAGCAGGGCUGUCCUCCCACAAUGGCGAGACACGCUGGUCAUGUCUUCUUACACCCUCCCUUACAGCUUCGACGUCCCAUUUUCACAAAUGAAGGCUGAGCAGAACUAUAUCACGGAUCGCAUCAUGCCGAUCAUCGAGAAGGUGACACCUGACGCGGGAGCGUACAUCAAUGAGGCGGAUUUCCAGCAGCCUGAUUGGCAGGAUGUUUUCUAUGGUCGGAAUUAUAAGCGGUUGUUGGCGAUUAAGAAGUCGUAUGAUCCAAAGGGGCUGUUUUGGAAUCCCAUCGCGGUAGGGAGUGAGGGGUGGAAGACGAAGAAUGAUGGGAAGUUGUGUCGG